AUGUUCAGCGAAAAUAUAUGGAAAGUGAUUCUACUCAUGGCCGCGUCAGUAUGUGCCGUUGAGCCGAGCCGCGCGCUAAGUAUAUACCAAAAACCUCGGACUUACCCCAUGUUUAUACCAAAAAAUCGAAAAAAAUUGAGAUCGCGAGUCAUAUUUUUAGAUGAAGAUGAAAAUAGCCAGCCUUUAGGUCGAGGAGAAAUUGAUCUGACGAACGAUAAGUAUACUAAAAUUAAAUUUGAUGAUACAACCGAUUAUGACUUCACAUCCCCAGAUGUAACAGAAAGUCCCAAAGAUAAAGUUUUUGAAAAUGAGCGAUUCUACGAUCCUAGACUACGUCUUUCUUUUCCAAGAUUCUACCAGGGUAGGUUUAAUCGGCCAUACGCUCCAAAUUUCGCUUUCGAACCCUUCCAGCCAUAUGCUCCCCCACGAACAGGAUUUAUUGGGUCCAGUCUUCCAAAUCCAAAUCUAGGGUGGAAGGCCCGAAGUCCCAGGGUAGUGUUUCCCUAUACUCCUGACAGUAACAAUAAUCUUGUGCAAACUAAUUCUCAUGGGGGACCAACUUUUAAUGACAAUGUAGUGUUUCGUGAUCAAAAUGUCGGGAUUAAACCAGUAAAAAAUGAUGACCAGAACCCCCAAACCCUUCAAGAUAUAGGAGAUGGAGCAGAUGCUUUCACGGAGAGAGGUAAGUCUAAUUUAAAUCACAAU